AUGGCGAUGCACAACAAGGCGGCGCCGCCGCAGAUCCCGGACACCCGGCGGGAGCUGGCGGAGCUCGUGAAGCGGAAGCAGGAGCUGGCGGUGAGAGAGCGACAGCGGGGGCGCCCGGUGGGGGCCCCGCGCCUGCCGCCGCCUCCAGGGCCCCGCCCGAUCGCUCCAGGCCGUUACUCCCCGGGCGCAACGCGGCGCCCGGGAGCCCGGCGGCCUGAGGCCGGCUGCGCGUUCUGCGGCCCGCCGGUGCCUCAGCUUCUCUGCUGCGCGGCUCGAGAGUCGGGAGCUGGGGCCGGGGGGCGGGGCAAGGAGCAGAGAGGGGGAGGGGGCCGGGACCGGCGGGGGCGUGGAGGCGGGAAGGCACCUGAGGAUGGGGGGCUUCAAAACUCCAAUAGCAAAAACGAUCGAAGGAACCGGAAGUUUAAGGAAGCUGAGCGGCUCUUCAGUAAAUCCUCAGUGACUUCAGCAGCUGCAGUGAGCGCGUUGGCGGGAGUUCAGGAUCAGCUCAUUGAAAAGAGGGAGCCGGGAAGCGGGACGGAAAGUGAUACUUCUCCAGACUUCCACAAUCAGGAAAAUGAGCCCAGCCAGGAGGACCCUGAGGAUCUGGAUGGAUCUGUGCAGGGAGUGAAGCCUCAGAAGGCUGCUUCUUCUACUUCCUCAGGGAGUCAUCACAGCAGCCAUAAAAAACGAAAGAAUAAAAACCGGCACAGCCCGUCUGGCAUGUUUGAUUAUGACUUUGAGAUUGAUCUGAAGUUAAACAAAAAACCACGAGCUGACUAUUAGAAGACUCAUUAGUGCAGAAGCUUCCAGGCUAUAGAGCCCUGCUUCCCUCCUCCGAC